AGUGAUGGCUGACAGCAGGCACAAUCUUCAUUUGCUUGGCACGUUGUCACCACGCAACUCAACAUGUUUUGCAAGGAACGAUCGUGACACAUCAUCUCUGUGAGAUAGUAUGAGGACAUUCGGCCAUUUCUUGGAAGAAUUUUCUCAGCGUACCUUCUUUGAGCCCUGUUGUGCCAGCACAGCGCCCCAUGAGGCUCAGAUCUGUCUGACCUAAGCGCCAGUUGGCAUCUUCCUCCUAACAGAAGCCAGAUUUUCACUGGGGCUAGACUAUUUAUUGACAGCGUUUUCCCAGACUGGCCCAUGAGUGUCUCAUUUCCAAGGUCCCCUGAAGUGCUGGCUCACCUCUGUUUUCCAAGAGCACUUGCUUCCUUCUCUCUCCCCACUCCCCAGCAUCUUCCUCGCUUUCUUCCCUUAGAGCUUCUUGCAUUAUUUGAAUGUGUGUGUAUGUGUGUGUGUGUGUUCUUUUUUUAUCCUAAUGAAUUUGUUUUGCAGGUUUUGAAAAAGAAAACCGGUGUUAUCCAGGAUUUUUACAUUAAUUCUUAUCUGUUUCCACAUCUUUGAGUGCGAUCUUUGUGGUUUUAAAAUCCCAUAUUUUGAGUGGGUUCCACUGUUGUCUAAGGAAAGUUGUUUUAAACCUUUGCUCUGCAAGCACCAGAAGAGAACUCAGAAAAAGGAAGACAACAGCAGAUGCAAUCACGGAUGUGGCUUAGUCCUUGCAGCUGCCCCAGAGAGCUGUUCAGAGUGUACCGUCCUCAGUAAUGAAUCCAGAAGAGCGAAUCGUGACAUGGCUUAUAUCUUUGGGAGUUUUGGAUUCCCCCAAAAAGACCAUCUGUGAUCCGGAGGAGUUUUUGAAGUCCUCACUGAAAAAUGGGGUAGUGCUGUGUAAACUGAUCAGCCGACUUAUGCCUGGCUCUGUGGAAAAGUAUUGCCUGGAGCCCCAAACCGAAGCCGACUGCAUUAACAACAUUAAUGACUUCCUGAAAGGAUGUGCAACCCUUCAAGUGGAGGUAUUUGAUCCUGAUGACCUUUAUUCGGGGGUCAAUUUCUCUAAGGUUCUGAGUACUCUUUUAGCUGUAAACAAAGCGACAGAAGAUCAACUAUCAGAAAGACCAUGUGGACGUUCCUCUUCUCUUAGUGCUGUUAAUAGUUCUCAGACAAACCCACAGGGAGCAAUUUCUAGCACAGCUCCAGGGCUGCAAAGGCAGUCAAAGGCAGUGGAGAUGACGGAAAAUGGAAGUCACCAGUUGAUAGUAAAAGCAAGAUUCAAUUUUAAGCAGACUAAUGAAGAUGAAUUGUCAGUCUGUAAAGGGGACAUCAUUUACGUCACUCGAGUUGAAGAAGGAGGCUGGUGGGAAGGUACAUUAAAUGGGAAAACAGGCUGGUUCCCUAGUAAUUAUGUCCGAGAAAUUAAAUCCAGUGAGAGGCCUCUCUCCCCCAAGGCUGUCAAAGGAUUUGAAACUGCUCCACUUACCAAGAAUUAUUAUACUGUGGUAUUACAGAACAUCUUGGACACUGAAAAAGAGUAUGCUAAAGAACUUCAGUCUCUUCUUGUUACUUACUUAAGACCCCUGCAGUCCAAUAACAAUCUAAGUACUGUGGAGUUUACAUCUUUACUGGGAAACUUUGAGGAAAUAUGUACAUUUCAACAGACACUCUGCCAAGCCUUGGAAGAAUGUUCAAAGUUUCCAGAAAACCAACACAAAGUAGGAGGCUGUCUACUGAGUCUCAUGCCUCAUUUUAAAUCUAUGUAUCUGGCUUACUGUGCGAAUCAUCCUUCAGCUGUAAAUGUGCUCACCCAGCACAGUGACGAUCUGGACAAAUUUAUGGAAAAUCAAGGUGCAUCUAGCCCAGGUAUCCUCAUUUUAACAACAAGCCUCAGCAAACCAUUCAUGCGACUGGAAAAGUAUGUUACUCUCUUGCAAGAGUUGGAACGGCAUAUGGAGGAUACUCAUCCAGAUCAUCAAGAUAUUCUGAAAGCAAUCAUAGCAUUCAAAACUCUCAUGGGGCAGUGCCAAGAUCUGAGAAAGAGAAAACAGCUGGAGUUGCAGAUACUUUCCGAACCUAUUCAGGCAUGGGAAGGGGAGGAUAUUAAAACCUUGGGAAACGUGAUUUUUAUGUCACAAGUAAUGGUGCAGUAUGGAACAUGUGAGGAAAAAGACGAGCGGUACCUUAUAUUAUUUUCAAAUAUCUUGAUAAUGUUAUCUGCAAGUCCUCGGAUGAGUGGCUUUAUCUAUCAGGGAAAAAUGCCAAUAGGAGGAAUGGUGGUGACUAGAUUAGAUGAAAUUGAAGGGAAUGACUGCACAUUUGAAAUCACAGGUAACACAACAGAGAGGAUUGUGGUCCAUUGCAACAACAAUCAGGACUUCCAGGAAUGGUUGGAACAGCUGAACAGACUGAUCAGAGGACCUGCUUCUAGCAGUUCAUUAUCCAAAACAUCAUCAUCAUCAUGUAGUGCUCAUUCUUCUUUUAGCUCUACUGGACAGCCCCGAGGACCCCUGGAACCUCCUCAAAUUAUAAAACCGUGGAGUUUAAGUUGUCUACGACCUGCACCUCCACUUAGACCAUCAGCAGCACUAGGUUAUAAAGAGAGGAUGUCUUAUAUCUUAAAGGAGUCUAGUAAAAGCCCCAAAACGAUGAAGAAGUUUCUUCAUAAAAGAAAGACUGAGAGAAAACCAUCAGAGGAGGAAUAUGUGAUUAGGAAAAGUACAGCUGCCCUUGAAGAGGAUGCUCAGAUUCUUAAAGUGAUUGAAGCCUAUUGCACCAGCGCCAAUUUUCAACAAGGCCAUGGCUCAAGUACUCGCAAAGAUUCUGUCCCACAAGUCUUACUCCCUGAGGAAGAGAAACUCAUCAUUGAAGAAACCAGAAGCAAUGGCCAGACCAUCAUGGAAGAAAAGAGCCUUGUCGACACUGUUUAUGCCUUGAAGGAUGAGGUCAAGGAACUGAAACAGGAGAAUAAAAGGAUGAAGCAAUGCCUGGAAGAAGAAUUGAAGUCAAGAAGGGAUCUUGAAAAGCUGGUCCGGAGGCUACUGAAGCAAACAGAUGAGUGUAUUCGAGCUGAGUCCAGUAGCAAGACCUCGAUUCUUCCAUAACCAUCACUGUGCUGCUAGGCAGAGAGUGCCUUCAGGGCAUCUUGAAAUGUCCCACAGAAUGAUUUGACUCCAUUUGCUCAGUUCUGUGGCUUUUAUUUUGUGUUUGAGUCUCUCUCAUUCUCUCUCUUUCUCUCCCUGUGUGUGUGUGUGUGUGUGUGUGUGUGUGUGAGCUUGGGCAUUUGUUGUUUGGUUAUUGGUUGGUUGUUCAUUUUUGUCAGCAGAGGAAAAAGCAGGAGGUGGCAGAAGUGGCCCCAGAAUCUUUUCCAUUCAGUAAGAAAAGGAAAGUGAAUGCAGGCAAAUGACUUCAAAGGUUUUCAGAUGGCUUUCCGCCAUUGCCCUUGGGUCACAUUCUUUGGGCAGGCUGCUGUUGCAAAGCAGACGACCAUGGCUUAUUAAAUGAGAAUCCAACUUUCCCGCCAAUGCCUUCCUGUACCUCCAAGCCCCACAGUACCUAAUUACUGAAGGCAAAGGUUCUUGAGCUAUGAUGCGAGUAGGGUGAAAGAUGAGCACGUUGGCCCAAUGACCCAGCUGCCCUUUCCUAGACCAUCACGUGCCAUCCCUCAAUCACACUUUUUUUUGUUACUGCCUUAUGUUGUCAAUAAGACCAAGAAAACUGUAGUACCCUUAUUUUUGUUGUGUUGGUGUACAUUGUAACUCAGUGGGGCAGAAGCUCGGGUCAUCCUUGCCAACACCAAAUCCAUCAGCAAAGUGUAUUGGACAAUCUUCCCCUUCAACAGCAGAGUUGACCAUUUCUUCCCUGUGCAUGAUAGGUUUUUUCCCAAGCCUUCUGCCUAAUGUGUAAGUUUUCUAUUUCCCCAGUGCUUUUAGCCAACCAUAUCAAGUGGUGUGUAAACUAGUAUGUAUGAGCUUUGCUAAUUUUAAAAAAAUGUAGUUAGACUGUGAACAGUUACUUUAUCUACAUUGCAUAUUCAAACUGCGACCUUUUGUCCUUUGAAACAAUCUGCAUCGAGGAGAUAUCAUGCCUAGUAGACGGCUUUCAUUCAUUGUAUUGCUCUCUCAUAUAUGCUGUGAGAAGUUGUAAUAUUCAUUGGCCACUUUGAGUAGGACUCUAUGCCUUAUUUGCAGAAAUGUGCUGUUGAUCAAGUGUGUAUAUGCAGAACAAAAGGGCCCCUCUAGUAGCUGUGUGCUAGUUACUAGUGAAGCUGAUUAUUUGGAACUGGCUUACUCAAGUUGCUCAUUGAAUCAAACCAUCAACUUUGUAAGUAUCCCAGAAACCAGAACUGUGAGAAACCAGCUUCAGAAGAGAGUCACAGAGCAGCGCACAACCAAUCCAGUACAAUUGAGAAUUGGCCCAAGGCCCUAGGACAGAGCAGCGCAAUCUGCCCCUCCCUCCCCCAAAGACAAGGGAAACUGGCAGGGUGGGGAAGGUGACUGGAAGAGAGGCCAAGGGCCAAAGAGCUGAUCAAAAUUGUCUUCCAGAUACAUUUGAUCAGUGCCUGUAAAUAUGGGUUUUGCAAAUGUUUAGAAACCAAACUUGAAGCUUGAAACCCCCAGCUUGCUGAGGAGCCCUUUUUCCUUCUGGUACUGAGGGUCUCAAUGUCCCAUAGCUACAAGGUACGGGGCUGUUGUUUGCUUUCUGCACAGCAGAAAUGACACGAUCCACAGGAAAUGGACUAUUCCUGCAGUCCACCAUCAGCCAAGCACUUACAGCUGUCAUUGGAAGCUGAAGAGUAAAGACGAUUUCUAGGAAUGGCUGUUGUUCUGUUCUUAAGCACAACAGUUUAGAUAUGACAUUCUUCACUUAAAAAUUAAAAGCACCACCACCAAUAACAACAGCAACACAGAUCUUCUCAUCUGCCCUGCCUGUGGUUAGUCAAUGGCUUGCAAUAAAUGUGCAAACUAUAUCCAUAGGAAACAUUUUUGUGAUUACAAAAUACUUUAGCUGAUUGCUGAAAAUAUUGAAAGGUCUUUAUUUUAAAGUGAUGUGUACAUAUGCAUGGGACUUAGCCCUUCUGCUGAGAGGCCCUCGGUACUCUGGGUAAUGAAGCUUGUGCAGAGUGGUAUCCGUGCUUACACACUAAAUAAUAAUAUAAAGGAAAUGAAGCCAUGUUAACCUGAGAGCAAUGUCUCCAUAGUUGUGUUGUUUACAGUACUCUAUAAAUGGGUUCCUGUCACCCUGUAAUUAAACUGCUGCCCUUAGAGGCCUUUCAGUUCCUUUUUGGUCAUGUCCCUUCUUACACAAGCUCAAAUUUUCUAACUUGUUUUUAUUUUGAAGACUUUUAAAAUUGACAUUUUCAAUACGUAAGAAUAAACAGUGCUUUAUAAAAA